UACGAUUUCUUGACAUUUUAUAAGUCAUUUUUCUAUAUUUCUGACAUUUUAUAUUUUUUUACGUAAUCUGCAUAAACCUAUAUAUUUGUAUAUGCCCAUUGGGUAAAAGUGGAUGUUAUUGAUCAAACAGUUAGUUAUUCGUCUAAUUUUUAAUCAUGGAAACCGAGGAAAACGCAUACGUACGUAAUAUAGUAAAGGAAAUUUCGAGGGAAUGUGCUCCAAGAAAAAUAGACGUGAAUAAGAAUUUCUUGACUUAUUUGACAAAAAUUUUAUUAAUAAAUCCAAACUGGGGAAUAGACAAUGACUUUUUUAAUCAAAGGCAAAAUGUUCAAAUCUUUGUCCGAUAUGUUAUUGAUGAACUAUUAGUAAAUCCUCAUCAUCCCAACAUGGUGACUUUGAAGAUACAGUUCUACUUUUCGUGCAACUUGGAUAAUAUGGAGUUUGUAGUUGAAUUGGAUAGAUACAAUCUACGAAAGAAAUUGUCAACACUUAAAGAUGAUAUUUGUUCCACGGGAAAGAUGGCCGAUAAGGAAGAAAUUGAUAAAUUGUAUAGAAAAAAUUGUGUUCUACAUAAUUCUCCUUUCGGGACUUGGAAACUCUAUGAAUAUAAAGGUAAACAGGUGUUACUUGUUAUUGAAUACAUGCAAAUUUCCAGCGCUUCUUCUGGAACAUUCCCUAAGAGCAAGGCUUGCCUGGUAGCCGGACCUCCCGUCAGAGAAAGAUUGUUGGCUAACGGGUGGGGACAUCCGCUAAAAGAAAGGAAAUAUUUAUUAGCGAAAAAAAUAAUCGGCUCAUCUAUUAACAUCGCCCAUAAAACCGAAUACCAAGGUUGCGAAACCCAGUUGGGUAGAACCAUUAUACCCUCUGCCUGA